AUGGAUAAUAAUUGGAACAGUACGAUAGAGUUCCACAAGUUUCUUAAGCUACAAAACCUCACCGAUCUAUGGCUAUCUGGAAAUAAACUGGAAGUGCUCAUGGGAUCUACAUCUAUGAAUAAUACAACUACUGUAGUUCCCAAGUUUGAGAAUCUAAUACUGAGAGGGUGCAACAUAAGCGAGUUUCCAGACUUCCUAAGAUCUCAAGAUUCAUUGAGGCAGUUGGAUCUUUCAGGAAACAGAUUGCAUGGCGGAGUUCCAAAAUGGAUGUGGAACAUGAGCACACAAACUCUUGGGGAGCUGGUUGUUUCUCAUAACUUUCUCUUAGGCUUUGACCGACCCCCAUCUACCAUUCCUUGGGUCAACCUAGAAUGGUUAGAUCUUGCAUCCAACAGUCUGGUUGGGGAAAUUUCAUCAUUGAUUUGCAAUGCGAGUACUCUGAACUACGUUGAUCUGUCGGAUAACAGAGUGAGUGGUGUGCUUCCGCAAUGCCUCCGCGUUUCGAGUAAUGAUUUGCAAUAUUUAAAUCUUGGAAACAACAAUUCGACCGGAAAAGUGUCACCACAGAUUUGCAAUCUGACAAAACUCUCCUACCUCGAUUUGUCAAGCAACAAGUUGAGUGGUAUGUUACCACAGUGUCUGGGACCUAGUCUGGAAUAUCUCAAUCUUGCAAACAACUCAUUUCAUGGCAUUCUUCCUCAAAGAUUCACCACCGCAGGUUGCGAUCUGAGCAUGAUUGAUGUCAGUCAUAACAAAUUGCAGGGGCAGUUACCAAGAUCACUUGCAAAUUGUGCAUCACUCGAGUUUCUUGUUCUGUCCAACAAUCAAUUUGAUGAUGUUUUCCCCUUAUGGCUAGGAACUCUGCAGAAGUUGAAAAUUUUGGCAAUGCGCCAUAACAGGUUUUAUGGUGUGACAGGACAGCCUAAGAAGAAUCUUCAUUUUCCCGAGUUGCGCAUUCUUGAUCUGUCUUACAACAGUUUCAGAGGUAAGUUCCCAGCUGAAUACAUAUUCUCUGGGUAUGCAAUUAGAGGUCUCUCAAGUGUGAAAAGUUCUUAUCAUAGUUAUGACCAUUAUCUCCAAGGGAAAUUCGUCCAUACGGGUUGUCUCUGUGAUGUCGGGAAUGAAGUGGUUGGGGAUUUGAUCGAGAAAGGAUCAGGGCAUAAGGGUGGGUGGGUGGGUGAGGGAUUCCUGGGAGUGAAGAGGGAUCAGGAUAUUUGCCCCCUAGGAGAUGACAUAGAGGCAAUAGAGAUGUGUGAUCAUGUCUCCCCUAGGACUAAGCUUUUAGACAUGUACAUAGUGUGUACUAGUGAAAGGAAGGUGUUCUGUGAAGAAGAACUUAAUGUAUAUAAUGAAGACUUAGAUCAUACUAGUUUGCUUGGUUGGUGGAUUGAUGAUGUGGAAGAAGGAGAACCUAAUCAUGAAGAAGAUGAUGUUGAUGAGAACCUGAAUGAUGUUUUUGGGUUUGGGAAUGAUGAUUUAGUGGAUGACGAUGGCCGAAAUGAUGAAGCUUUAAUAAGAGAUGGACAUGGUAUUGAGAUAAACUAUCCAAAGAUUCAAGAGGACCUUGUAGCCAUCCAUCUAUCUGGCAACAAAUUUGAAGGGAACAUUCCUGAAUUCAUUGGGAAACUCAAAGGCCUUCGCUUGUUGAAUAUUUCCAAUAACUUCUUCACCGGUUGCAGUCCAUUAUCGUUUGGUAACUUGACAGCGCUUGAAUCACUGGACCUUUCACAGAACCACCUCUCGGGGGAGAUACCUCAGCAACUCUCACAGCUUUUCUUCUUGGAAAAAUUCAAUGUCUCCCACAACAAUCUCACAGGUCGUAUACCGGGUGGAACUCAACUAUCUACAUUUGACGUCACUUCAUUUGAGGGAAAUCCCGGAUUAUGUGGAGAUCCAUUGCCAAAGAAAUGUGAAAAUCCUGAGGGUAUCAACCUUUCGCCUUCAAUAACAAAUCCUGAGGGUUCUGGUAUUGAAGUUGAUUGGAAAUUUGCUUUGGCAGGUUUAGGGAGUGGGUUGGUGGUGGGAGUAGUUCUAGCAGAUGUUGCAAUCACAAGGUGGGAUGAGUGGUUCCUUGAGAUUGUUGAUAUGCUGAUCAGACUUGUAAAAAGGAUGAGAAGGUUCAGAAAAUGA